AUGGAUACCUACUAUAUGUUAGGCACUGGUGUUACAGGAGAUAUGCAUAAUGCUGAUCCAGAUGACACUUGUGAAAAUUUAAUAAUUAAAAAUGAAAUUGGAAAUAUUCCUGUAACAUGUGUUGGUAUUAAUGCAUUUACAGGUCAUUCAUGUUUGAAAACUGUAUAUAUCCCAAACACUAUAGUUUAUCUAGGCUUCGAUUGUUUUGCAUAUAUUUCUACUUUGAAAACAGUUAUUUUUGAAGAAAGAUAUAAUACAUCGCUUGAAUUCGAUCAAGGUGUAUUUUAUCAAGAUACUAUGAAUAUAAUUCGAUUUCCAAGUAAAAUUUCAUCAUCAAAAUAUCAUGUUUUAUCAAAAUCUAAGAUAGAAAAAGUUAUAUAUUGCGGAAUGGAUAAAAUAGAUGCAGAUUGGUUUGAAGAUAUAUCGCCACCAACUGUUUUUGUUCAUUAUCUUUAUCCUUAUAAUAAAUUUGCAAAUGAUCCACAUCUUGUUCGUACACAAGAGUGCGGCUUAUACACAAAGUGUUUAGUACAUUCCAUUAUGUAUGUUCCAUUCCCAUUUUUUUGCAUUUUAUCUUCUUUACUUACAAUCAACAUUUGCUAA